AUGGCGAAGCACUCGAGAGCGAUGGAAUCCUCGGACGACGCCAUUUCGGGAUCCUCGGAGGAAGAGCAGGUCAACGACCAGGUCAUUGAUGAAGAGGACGUGGAGGAGCUCGAGGCCGUCGCCAGAACUGCCGCCGAAGAUUCGGAGGAUGAUGACAACGAUGAUGUCACUAUCGGACAGGAGAUCGAGGACAAUGAGGAAGACAAUUCUGCGUCAAAUGAAGUUGCCAAGCGUGAAAAAGCGAGGCUACAAGAAAUGGAGAGGUUAAAAAAGCAGAAAAUACAAGAGAUAUUGGAUGCACAGAAUGCUGCUAUUGAUGCUGACAUGAAUAAGAAAGGAAAAGGUCGUUUUAAGUAUCUCUUGCAGCAGACGGAGUUAUUUGCUCACUUUGCCAAAGGUGAUCAGUCUGCAGCUCGGAAGAAGGGAAAAGGAAGUGGUCGCCAUGCCUCAAAAGUAACUGAAGAAGAAGAAGAUGAAGAAUAUCUCAAGGAGGAAGAAUCUGUCGCCGGAAAUACAAGACUAGUGGCACAGCCGUCUUGUAUUCAGGGUAAGAUGAGGGAUUACCAACUUGCUGGUUUGAAUUGGCUCAUAAGGCUGUAUGAGAAUGGCAUCAAUGGAAUACUUGCUGAUGAAAUGGGUCUUGGUAAAACAUUGCAAACAAUUUCCUUGCUAGGGUAUUUGCACGAAUUUAGAGGAAUAACUGGCCCUCACAUGGUCGUUGCUCCAAAAUCUACACUUGGCAAUUGGAUGAAUGAAAUCAAACGUUUCUGUCCUGUUUUGCGUGCUGUAAAAUUUUUGGGAAAUCCAGACGAAAGAAAAUAUAUACGAGAGGAGUUGCUUGUUGCUGGAAAGUUUGAUGUAUGUGUUACGAGUUUUGAAAUGGCCAUCAAAGAGAAGUCUGCAUUGCGCCGCUUUAGCUGGCGAUAUAUCAUCAUUGAUGAAGCUCAUCGAAUUAAGAAUGAAAAUUCUUUGCUCUCAAAAACAAUGAGACUUUACAACACUAAUUACCGACUUCUCAUUACAGGAACUCCACUUCAGAAUAAUCUUCACGAACUGUGGUCUCUUCUGAACUUUUUGCUACCGGAGAUUUUUAGCUCAGCUGAAACUUUUGAUGAAUGGUUCCAAAUCUCCGGGGAAAAUGACCAGCAGGAAGUUGUCCAGCAGCUUCACAAGGUUCUGCGACCCUUCCUUCUGAGAAGGUUGAAAUCUGAUGUGGAGAAAGGUUUGCCGCCCAAGAAGGAGACGAUUCUUAAAGUUGGCAUGUCUCAGAUGCAGAAGCAAUACUAUAGGGCUCUGCUGCAGAAGGAUCUUGAGGUUGUAAAUGCUGGUGGAGAACGGAAGCGUCUUCUGAAUAUAGCUAUGCAGCUGCGUAAAUGUUGUAACCAUCCAUAUCUAUUUCAAGGUGCUGAACCUGGGCCACCUUAUACUACUGGAGAACAUCUCAUAGAAAAUGCUGGCAAAAUGGUUCUUCUUGACAAGUUGCUUCCAAAAUUAAAGGAGCGUGAUUCUAGGGUUUUGAUAUUCUCGCAGAUGACACGCCUGCUGGACAUUCUUGAAGACUACCUGAUGCUCCGUGGAUAUCUUUAUUGCCGAAUUGAUGGAAAUACUGGUGGGGAAGAUCGUGAUGCUUCUAUUGAAGUCUUCAACAAGCCAAGAAGUGAGAAAUUUGUCUUUCUACUGUCAACUAGAGCAGGUGGUCUUGGUAUCAACCUUGCUACUGCAGAUGUUGUCAUUCUUUAUGACAGUGACUGGAACCCUCAAGUGGAUUUGCAGGCUCAGGACCGUGCUCAUAGAAUUGGGCAGAAGAAGGAAGUCCAAGUGUUCCGAUUCUGCACCGAGUAUACUAUUGAGGAAAAAGUUAUUGAAAGGGCUUAUAAAAAGCUUGCACUGGAUGCCCUGGUUAUCCAACAAGGCCGACUAGCAGAGCAAAAGACUGUUAAUAAGGAUGAGCUGCUGCAAAUGGUUAGAUUUGGUGCUGAAAUGGUGUUCAGUUGCAAAGAUAGCACUAUCACAGAUGAAGAUAUAGAUAGGAUUAUUGCAAAGGGAGAAGAGGCAACAGCUGAACUCGAUGCCAAGAUGAAGAAAUUUACGGAAGAUGCUAUCAAAUUUAAAAUGGACGAUACUGCUGAUUUGUAUGAUUUUGAUGAUGAGAAGGAUGAGAACAAGUUAGAUUUCAAGAAAAUUGUCAAUGAUAAUUGGAUUGAACCAUCAAGACGAGAACGGAAGCGCAAUUACUCUGAAUCCGAAUACUUCAAGCAAACAAUGCGCCAAAGUGGCCCUGCAAGGACAAAAGAGCCUCGAAUUCCCCGCAUGCCUCAAUUGCAUGACUUUCAAUUUUUCAAUAAUCAGCGUCUUAGUGAGCUGUAUGAGAAAGAAGUGCGCUAUCUCAUGCAAGCAAAUCAGAGGAAUCAAAUUAAAGAUACAAUUGAGUUGGAGGAACCUGAAGACUUGGGAGAGCCGUUGACUGCAGAAGAGCAGGAAGAGAAGGAGCAACUGCUGGAAGAAGGAUUCUCGACAUGGAGCAGAAGAGAUUUCAAUACUUUCAUUAGGGCCUGUGAAAAGUACGGUCGGAAUGAUAUUCAGAGUAUUGCAUCUGAGAUGGAGGGGAAAACAGAGGAGGAAGUUGAAAGAUAUGCACAAGUUUUCAAGCAAAGAUACAAAGAAUUGAAUGAUUAUGACAGGAUUAUUAAGAAUAUUGAAAGAGGAGAGGCUAGAAUUUCAAGGAGAGAUGAUAUCAUGAAAGCAAUUGGGAAGAAAUUGGACCGCUACAAGAAUCCAUGGCUCGAGUUAAGGAUCCAGUAUGGCCAGAACAAAGGGAAGUUAUACAAUGAAGAAUGCGACCGUUUCAUGAUAUGCAUGGUUCACAAGCUUGGGUAUGGUAACUGGGACGAGCUGAAGGCAGCCUUCCGUACGUCACCCUUGUUUCGAUUUGAUUGGUUUGUAAAGUCACGUACAACUCAAGAACUUGCAAGGAGAUGUGAUACACUGAUUCGUUUGGUGGAAAGGGAAAACCAAGAAUAUGAUGAGAGGGAGAGACAGGCUCGUAAAGAGAAGAAACUAGCAAAGAACACGACACCAUCCAAACGCGAAAUGGCUAGACAAGCUGCUGAGAGCCCUCCCACACAGAAGAAGCGCAAGCAAUUAUUGAUGGAUGAUUAUGUGAACUCAGGAAAGAAAAGGAAAUGA